AUGGAGGGUCUACCAGACGAUUCUGGCUCUAACGCCCCUUCAAUUGGGGCCUCUCAGAUUAGGGAGUUUCCUGGGUCUGAGGCAGAACAAGCUCUAACGCAUGAUGCAUCAACACUCACCACCAGGAUGAGGCUCAUCAAUAUGGAUAAGAGGUGGUUAUUGACCGAUGUGCCUAAGGGUUUCGAUGAGGACAGCCAACUUGAUUGUGAGAAUUUGGAAACUCAACAGACCAAGAAAAUGUGGUAUAGAAUAAAGCUACUCGGCGGUGCUCCCGAUUGGCCGGUCGUCGAUGUGAGAAUCACAAAGGAUGGUCAUGAUAUCAGCAAGACCGAUGCCACGAACUCAGCCAACGGCAAAGUGCAUGUCGUACCAGCCACGUUCUUCUGGAAACACAAGAUUCCCAUCCAUUACGACGCAGCGAAAGCCAUCCCAUACGAGAUCACCCUAGAUCCCAAGCCAAACCAAGCUUAUCCCAAACCUGCUUGA